UUUAAAAGAGCACUCGUCAUCGUGUGUGCAGUCCAAUACGUGUCCGCAGUCCGAGAGAAAAAAGUACAUCCAUCGGUCGUAUUCCGUUUUUCGCUAUUUUUCCCCUCUCAUCGUACACCUGUAGAUACAAAAUUUAAACAACGACCGAUCAGCCCCGCCAAUUUAAUUAACUGUUCACGUUUUUUAACACACAGGUGUAUAAUAAUAGAAAUUGUCUAGUAAUAGUAUAAAAUAAAACCGACUAGUGCGACGCGCGUUUACAGAUAACACGGUUUGUCUGUCUCAAAACAAAACACCACACGCACACACACACGUAACAUAAAUCGUCGUGUCAAUAACGCAUUGUGGUAUCAUUUGUCGUUGCCAACAUCGUCAUCACUGUUCAAGUAAAACGCGAAAAAUGUUAACAAAUCUCGUUUGAUAUCAACACGAAGGAAAAUAACCAUUCUUUCGUCGUCGAUCUAAUCGUCCGGUGAGAAUCCGUAUCCUGCCCACUGACCACCACAGUCGGUGUCUUUCACACGUCGUCGUUAAACGACAAAAUUUCCAUGAAAAUGACGGAAAUGAACGCGGUCAACACGCAGAGCAUUGCCGAUUAUUUGGCGCAAUUGCUCAAAGACCGCAAACAAAUCACUGCGUUUCCAAACAUGUUUAUGCACGUUGAACGGCUUAUCGACGAAGAAAUAACCAAAGUCCGGGCCAGCCUGUUCGAAGUGAACGGUGUGAAGAAGGAACCGUUGGUGUUGCCGGAACCAGACGGCGCGCCCGUCACAAUCACCGAAAAAGUUUUCGUACCAGUUAAGGACCAUCCGGAGUUCAACUUUGUUGGAAGGAUAUUGGGCCCACGAGGUAUGACUGCAAAACAAUUAGAAUUAGAGACCGGAUGCAAGAUUAUGGUUCGAGGAAAGGGUUCAAUGCGCGAUAAGAAAAAGGAGGAACAAAACAGAGGUAAACCCAACUGGGAACAUUUGAGUGAAGAGCUUCAUGUUUUGAUAUCCGUUGAAGACACUGAAAACCGUGCUAAGCUCAAGUUGAAGAGAGCAAUUGAUGAAGUGAAAAGGCUCCUUGUACCUGCUGAUGGAGAAGAUGAAUUGAAGAAACGCCAACUGAUGGAACUUGCUAUUAUCAACGGUACAUAUAGGGACUCAAACGCUAAAGCCUUAGCAGCAGCAGCUUGUGAUGAGGAGUGGCGUAGGAUGGCUGUUGCUGCAGCCGCUGAGACACAACGGCUUUUGUCGCCACAUGGUAUGGGUGGUUUAGCCACAACUUUGCGACCACAGACAGCCACACCAUUAACUGCACCACUUAUAUUAUCACCACGUAUCCCAACUGCCAUAACUACCAGUGGUGGAAAUCCUGGUGCACCUCAACUUUUGUCUCCUGCUGAACAUCAUCAUCAUGCUGCAGCAGCAGCAGCUGCAGCUGGUCUCAUAUAUACACCAUAUGCUGAUUAUGCCAACUAUGCAUUGGCUGGAUCACCAUUGAUCACAGAAUAUACUCCUGCCGAUCACUCGGAAUGUUCGGCCAGAUACAUGCUAAUGGUUCCAGAACUACAAGGGCUCACCUACCGUCACUGGCCAAAUCAACCAGGUGCAGCAGCCGCGGUUGCGGCGGCGGCUCAGGUCGCCAAACAAAGAAGGCAUUUGACUCAGAUCAGGGAUCAUCCGUAUCAGAGGGUUGGCACUUCGAUUGUCAAUUAAAAAAAAAAAAAACAAAAUUAAAAAAAAAAGUUCUUUGAAUCUGAAAGGCUUGCGGAGAUCUAACAUACUGGACCUUUAUUUUAACACCACAAAAUGCAGCCUGCGGCCAAAGUGCGACGAUUGCCAGACGGAACUAUAAUUAACAACUAAACAAUAUCAUUCUGCGCACAUAUAUACACACUUAAAAACGCAAUGUUGCACUUGAAAUUAUUCGUCUAACCAAUUAUCUGUCUGUCUAAUCAUUUUCGUAUAAUAAUAUUUGUUUUAUUUAUAUUAUUAUAGUGUUUAAUGUUGUUUCGUAAUAUUACAAUUUAAAGACUAAAUAGAUUUUUUUGUUGAGCCCCUUGAUGCCUUAAAAACAAAUGUAUCUACAUAUCUGUUUGUAUUGGUAUUGAUGUCGACAUUCGUUAUACGCUUGUCGUMGCUAGUCUUAGUAUUUUUGUUUGUUUAUUUUCCUGAACAUUGAACCAUAAUGGUCUAAUAA